ACUAAUCAUCCUGAAAGCAGCAUCCUUACCCCACAGCUGCCAGCAGCAGCACAGCCCCAGGUUGCCCCCAGAGAAAAACCCACAUCUAGAAACUAAGUAGCCAAGAUGGCAGGUAUCCUAGUCUGGUUUUGGAAUGAGAGAUUUUGGUUGCCACACAAUGUAACCUGGGCGGAUCUGAAGAACACAGAGGAAGCUACUUUCCCCCAAGCUGAGGAUCUGUACCUAACCAUCCCCCUGGCUUUCUGUAUCUUCAUGAUCCGGCUUUUAUUUGAGAGGUUUAUAGCAAAACCUUGUGCUUUGGCUCUGAAAAUUCAAGCCAGUGGACCACAGAAAGCCCAGCAUAAUGCUAUUUUGGAAAAAGUCUUCACUGCAAUCACAAAGCAUCCUGAUGAGAAGAGAUUGGAAGGACUUUCAAAGCAAUUGGACUGGGACGUACGGAGUAUCCAGCGCUGGUUUCGACAAAGGAGGAACCAAGAAAAGCCAAGCACCUUAACUCGGUUUUGUGAAAGCAUGUGGAAGUUUACAUUUAACCUCUAUAUGUUUACAUAUGGAGUCCGGUACCUACAAACGACACCAUGGCUUUGGAAUACAAGAAAUUGCUGGUACAAUUAUCCAUAUCAGCAACUAACGCCAGACCUGCAUUAUUACUACAUCGCAGAGCUCUCCUUCUAUUGGUCCUUGGUAUUUUCUCAGUUCACAGACAUCAAACGGAAGGACUUUGGAAUCAUGUUUCUCCACCAUCUUGCAACCAUAUCCUUAAUCACCUUUUCCUAUGUAAAUAAUAUGGUACGAGUAGGUACUUUGGUGAUGUGCCUUCAUGAUGUAGCAGAUGUUCUGUUAGAGGCAGCCAAAAUGGCAAAUUAUUCCAAGUGUCAGAAAUUGUGUGACCUUCUGUUUGUCAUAUUUGCUUUUGUCUUCAUAAUUGCAAGACUUGGCAUAUUUCCUUUAUGGAUACUAAACACAACAAUGUUUGAAAGCUGGGAAAUCGUUGGCCCAUACCCAUCCUGGUGGGUCUUUAACCUGCUGCUCUUACUGCUGCAGACGCUACAUUUAUUUUGGUCAUACCUAAUAAUCAAGAUUGCCUGCAAAGCUAUUUCAAGAGGCAAGACUGCUAAAUGGAAUCCUUUGCAUGUAUCAAAGGAUGACCAAAGUGAUAUUGAGUCAAGUUCGGAUGAGGAAGAUACAGUACUUCGUACAAAAAGUGCACAGAAAAUUAGUACCAAUGGAAGCAGUAAUGCAAAUGGCUUGAACGGCUAUCUCAUUGGGGCAUCUUAUUCCGAGGAACAUUAGUUCUGAAACCAAAGUGAUCAAUAAACUGUUAACUGCUACUGGAAACAUUAAGUACCUUGUGAAUUAAGUUUCUUCAUAUAUCUCUGCACCAGAAAUCAGUAUCAGAAUAUCAAAGAAUUUGAACCGUGCACUGCCAUUAUUCUAGUUAUUAUUGUGAAUGAGGAAAGAAUAACGAUCAAUAUGUGUGGGCAUGCAUUUAUGUUUCUAUAUAAUUAAUUCAAUAGAAUCAGUAUUUUCAUCGGUUUGACCGGUUUUUUGGAGUUUUUACAUUUGUUUAGAAUUAUUUGGGAUAGGAAAUAUCAUUUCUUUUCACUUUUUUUUCUGUUUGUUGUGACAAGGAUUAUGUUCUGUGUUCUUUCCUUUACAUUCCAUGGGUGAUUGUGUAGUUAUUUUGUCUGCUUACCAUGUUAAUACAUUUCAAGUGUUCAGGUAUAAACUGCCAUACACCAAAAUUUCCACAUUUUUAAAAAGGAGAUGAUUUUCGUACAAAAAAAUCUACUUUUCUUGUUGUCGAAGUCAUACCAUGCUACAGCAUUCAGUACAUUUCUAUUGAGAAUAUAUCCAAAUCAGAUGCUAUUACAUAGUCUAAUAAUUCUUAGUGCAGUUCAUCAUAGGGACUUACUGCUUACAAAAGCAAAUUGUUUUCAGUGUUCUUUCCAGUACACACAUGGGUAUAUAAAACAUAUGAUGUCAUCAUGGAUUAUAGCAAUAAUGUUUUGUAUUAUAUUGCAUCAAUAUUGUUAAGCUCAGGGGGCAUAACAAUGGCAUUUCGUUAUACCCCUUACCAAUAUGUACAGGAGCAGCAAAUAAAGCUAUGUUCUCCUUAAGGUCA